AUGGCGCGAACAAAGCAAACCGCUCGUAAGUCGACAGGUGGGAAAGCACCGAGAAAGCAGCUGGCGACAAAGGCAGCGAGGAAAUCAGCUCCCGCUACUGGUGGAGUGAAGAAACCGCAUCGUUACCGCCCUGGUACCGUUGCGCUUCGUGAAAUCCGUCGUUACCAGAAAUCUACCGAGCUACUUAUCCGCAAACUGCCCUUCCAACGUUUGGUGCGUGAGAUAGCCCAAGAUUUCAAGACCGAUCUUCGUUUCCAGUCGUCCGCUGUGCUCGCACUGCAGGAGGCUAGCGAAGCCUACUUAGUGGGGCUUUUUGAGGAUACGAAUCUGUGAAAGAAGUGGGACGCUAGUUCGUUUCUUAAUAGCUUGGGUCGCGAGCCAAGUAAAGACGGUCAGCGAGUCUUACGAGUCAUAAGGUCCCAGUUCUGGCCAGUCGACUCAACAUGGAUUGUUAAAAUAGAAUCAGGCUCGCAUUAUGUGAUAGUUGCACUGCAUCCCAAGUUGUAA